UAGUUCAUCUCUUGGUCACGACCACCACCACCGUUACCAUGAUCAGUUCAAAUCAGUGGAGUGGCUCCUUCUUCCUUCUUUCCAUUCUAUCCUGCUUCUUUUUCAUGCUAGUACUAUUCUCCUCAUCAAGCUUUUCGUCAGCCACUGCAGUACUCAUGACCUCCCAUUCACAACAAUGUCUGGACCUUCUCGAUCUCAAAAAAGGUUUCAUUAAGCUGAGUGAAAGCGACAACUACUACUACUACCCUGCAACAACUUCACUGCCGCACUGGCAUGCUGGCACAGACUGCUGCCGGUGGGAAGGAGUCAGCUGUGACGAAGCAUCAGGUCUUGUUGUUUCUCUUGACCUCAGCGAGAGGUAUAGUGGAGGCGACAUUAUGCCGUCUCUUUUCAACCUCACCUCCAUCCAAAGACUCAAUCUUGCUUUCAAUAGGUUCAACCAGAGCACUGUCCUGUUUUCGGAUUUAGAAAAACUGGCUAAUCUUACACAUCUCAACCUUUCUAAUUCCGGACUGCUGGUAGGCCAAGUCCCCAUCGGCAUCUCUCACCUCACAAAACUCAUAUCUUUGGACCUCUCUUCAUAUAUGGAUGACAGGUAUGCUCUAAAGCUGGAGAAGCCUGAUCUUGGUACCCUCAUCAAAGACCUUUCUAAUUUAAAAGAGCUCUAUUUGGAUAGAGUCAACAUCUCUUCUAGCAGAACGGAGUGGUGUCAAGCCAUCUCUGACUCUGCUCCUGGACUUCAAGCUCUCAGCUUACAGUAUUGUUCACUGUCUGGACCGUUUGACAGCUCACUGUCGAAGCUCCGAAAUUUAUCAAUACUUCUUCUCGAUGGUAAUGAUCCCUUGUCCAAAGUGCCUGACUUCUUUGCAAAUUUUUCCUCUUUAACUGAGCUUAGUCUCAGUCGCUGUGGGCUCCAGGGUGUGUUUCCAACCGGCGUGUUUGAACUCUUGAAUUUGAAGACACUUGAUAUUUCAUAUAAUGAGAUGCUAGAAGGGUUUUUCCCAGAAUUCCCAUUAAAUAGCUCUUUGGAGAUAUUGACUAUUUCUGGUACGAGUUUCUCUGGGAGUUUACCAAAUUCUUUGGGAAACUUGGAAUCCUUGAUAUCCUUGGAUCUUCUUUAUUGUAAUUUCUCAGGGUCAAUACCUUGGUCGAUUGGGAAUCUCAGUGAAUUGGUUUAUUUGGAUCUCUCUGAAAAUCGCCUCUCUGGGGACUUGCCACCAAUCCCUGCUAGUUCAAAGAUCUCAAUCCUUCAUCUUUCUUAUAAUAAUUUCUCUGGAUCGAUCCCCAGUACUCUUAGCUCUGCACGUCACCUUGUGUCACUUGAUCUAGGAAUCAAUUCACUCACUGGAUCUAUCCCGAUGUCUUUGUUCACACUCCCAAUAUUAGAGAACUUGUAUCUAGCUCACAACAAGCUCUCUGGUCAGCUGCAAGAAUUCACAAACGCAUCUUCUACAUUACAUUAUGUUGAUCUAGGGAGCAAUAAUCUUCAAGGGAAGCUUCCAAAAUCACUUGUCCAUCUCUCUGCUCUCAGGAUUCUUUAUUUAGGUUCAAACAACUUUGAUGAGUCAGUCGUGGAAUUAGAGUUGUUUGGCCACCUUAAAAAUCUCACAGACUUGGAUCUUUAUGGCAUUAACUUGUUGGUCUCCAACCGAAUUGCAGAUUCUUCUCAUCUAUUUCCAUCUCUCAUGGCUUUGAAAUUGAAAUCUUGCAACCUGACAGAUAUCCCAUCUUUCUUGAAGCAUAAAAAAAAUAUGUUCCUGCUAGACCUUUCCAACAACAAAAUUAAUGGUACAAUACCCAACUGGAUAUGGAGCAUUGGGAGUUUUGGCUUGUCUAUGGAUUUAUCUUUCAACUUAUUCACUGACAUCGAGAAGCCUUUCUGGAAGCAUUCAAAUAAUCUUGAGGCUCUAGACCUUUCAAGCAACAGAAUUGGUGGUACCAUACCAAGUUGGAUAUGGAGCAGGGUGGAUCCUGAUCUUUUCACCUUAAAUUUAUCAUGCAACUUGUUCACAAGUGUUGAGGGGUCUUUCUCCAAUUCUUCCACCAACAUUGUUAUUAUCGAUCUGCACUCUAACUUGCUUGAGGGACCAAUACCUCUUCCUCCACCAAAUAGAGAAGUCCCCUCAUCGAUUUGCAGUGCAACAAAACUCUACAUCUUCGAUCUCUCUUACAACAAUUUGAGUGGUUCUAUACCAGCUUGCCUAUUGGAAAGCCUCAUUGAUUUGAGAGUAUUGAAUGCUCGAGAGAACCAUUUUCAAGGAAGCAUACCUCAAAAGGUCAGCUCAAGAUGUUCUAUACAAACAAUUAAUCUCCAUGGAAACGAGUUGGAAGGAGUGGUGCCUAGCUCAUGGGUCAAUUGUAUUGAGUUAGAAGUCCUAAACCUUGGUAGGAAUAAGUUGGCAGGCUAUUUCCCACAUUGGUUGAUGCGCCUUCCUGCAUUGAAAGUUCUGGUUCUUAAAGAAAACAAAUUCUUUGGACAUUUGACUGGAAUUUGUGAAGGCAAUCACUUGCUGAUGCUCCAAAUCUUUGACAUCUCUUCAAACCAUUUCACUGGUAUCUUGCCAUCAGAGUGCUUUAAGAGCAUGAAGGCAAUGAUGGUUCAUCAGGGACGGACUAAAACAAUUGGAUACAGGAAUGGAACAUUUGAAUCCAGUAAUGGUACAUUGGCAAUAUCAUAUUAUCAAGAUGCAGUUAAGGUCGAUUUGAAAGGGUUUGAGAUUGAACUAGUCAAGAUCUUGACUACCUUCACUUUCAUUGAUUUGUCAAAUAACCUAUUUGUAGGAAAUAUUCCUCAAGUGUUCGGAGAUCUUAAGUCCCUUCAUUCUUUGAACAUGUCAUUAAAUGCUUUCACUGGUGAAAUUCCACGUGUGCUCGGAGAUAUGAGUGAGCUGGAGUCAUUGGACCUCUCGCAAAACCAAUUAUCAGGAGUGAUUCCGAGUUCUCUAACCUCCCUGACCUUCUUGGCUUUCUUGAAUCUGUCAAAUAACAAUUUGAUUGGCAGAAUACCACAGAGCUACCAGUUCUUCACAUUCUCAAAUUCAUCAUUUGAAGGGAAUCCAGGACUGUGUGGGAGCCCAUUAUCAAGGGAUUGUAUUAAUUCAACAAGUGUGGAGCCAUCUUCAAAUUCUACGAAUGCACCCACAGAGUUUGACAUGGACAAGAUUUGGUUCUGGAUGUUCACAGGAUUGGGCUAUGGAGUAGGAUUUGCAGCGGCCAUUAUCUAUCAAUCGUUCUUUCCCAAGUGGAAAAUGUGGUACAAGAGGAGGUUCAUGAACAGAUAAAGUCCUGCAUUUCUAAAACAAGAGGGCAUUCCUUCUUGUGUAAUCAUCAAAGAAACUAUUUCAAAGGCCAAGCUAUGACUUUGGGUACCAUACUUAUAAUUUAUAUGUAUACAAUCAGAUAGUCGAUUAAAUGAAUGCAAUAUUGUACUUUGCUCCUUGUCUUGCUGAUUCUCUGACAACUACAAUUGAAAUAUGUGUUCUAUGCAAGAGAUCAUCACUUUGUGUUUUUCUCUGU